CCCUUCUCUCUCUCUCUGUCUCUCUCUCCCUCUCUCGCUCUCUCUGCGUGUGUGUUUGGUUCCUGGCCAGCUGAAGGGCGUGACGGUGCAGUCUGUGCUCCAGAUGAGAUUCAACGCUGGCCCCAGUGCUGUCAGACAGCUGGAAACAGAGGCACGGGGGAGGGCAACGCCGAGAGAGAAUCACUCUGUGCUGUGUUUAGAGUCAAGGCAGGGUGGGGUGUUGUGCUGCCCACAGAACAUCUGGACACCUACGGAGUCAACCGAUACAAAUCAUUCAAAGAGAAAGGCAGAAAGCUCCACACGUGUCAGUGUGGAUUCAUUUUGAUUCCGUUCAAACUUCCAUGAAGUAGAGUUUUGGGUCUUUAAACGCCAAGUGGCCGGAGUCAGAGCAACGGUGAAUUUUUUUUCCGUCGCCAUGAGAUACAGAGGGCAUCUCCUGAUUUGGGAAUUGCUGUUGCUCCUGCUUUUCCUUGUGGUUAUAUCUGAAGGCUGUGCAACUGGCUGUAAGGAUGGGUGUAAGAAGGAAAGAAAUGGAUCUUGCAUAGACGAAAAUGAGUGUGAUGAAGAGGAAGUUGAACUCCUAUGUGGUCACAAUGCAGAGUGCUUCAACACAGAGGGCAGCUACUACUGUCAGUGUGAGUCCGGAUUCAAAUCCACUAAGGGAAAUGUCAACUUUACUGGUGAAGAUUCAGUGACAUGCCAAGAUAUCAAUGAGUGUGUAGUGGAAAACAUAGACUGCGGUCCCCAUACCACAUGUGUUAACAAUAUAGGAGGGUAUACUUGCAUGUGUGAGGAUGGAUUUAAGACAAGUAGCGGAAAAGAGACAUUUCAGGUUGACCAGGGAGUAACAUGUCAAGAUAUUGAUGAGUGCACAGUGGAAAACUGCGGCCCGCAUGCCACAUGUCAAAACACUCAGGGAAGUUAUGCUUGCAUCUGUGAGGAUGGGUUUGUGACAAACAAUGGAAAUUACCAUUUUUUGGUUAACCACGGAGAGAGAUGUGAAGACAAAGAUGAGUGUGUCCUGAACGCCACCAUUUGUGGGGGGAACGCUAAAUGCCACAACACCGCUGGAAACUACUACUGCAGCUGUAACCCUGGAUUCAGUCAGGACAACAAAACUGGUAUUUGUGAAGAUAUGAAUGAGUGUGUCCUUAACACGACCAUUUGUGGGGAGAACGCUAAAUGCCACAACAUCCCUGGGAACUAUUCCUGCAUCUGUAACCCUGGAUUCAGUCUGAACAACAAAACUAGCAUUUGUGAAAGUGAGUGUGAGGCUGACAGCACCAUUUGUGGGAAAAAGGCAAAAUGCCACAACAUCCCAGCAGGCCACUACUGUGUGUGCAGCCCUGGCUUCAGACUUAGGUCUGGAAUCACCAACUUCACCAAAAAAGAUGGAUCCUGUGAAGACAUUUGCUCUAUGGACCCCUCCAUGUGUGGAGGAGGUGCAUGUCACCAGGGUCCUCAUGGUUAUGAAUGUGUUUGUCACAAAGGAUAUACCAAUUAUGGCUUCAAUCAGGAAGCGUGCACAGCAUUCAACUGUGACUGGCCUCAGGAAGAUGUCAGUUCUGAGCAGACUCUGCCUGAACUGAAUGAUUCUCAUUCCCUGCUGAACCGCCUGUGUAAGAAACUGACAGGAAAUGACACAGCUGGAGCUUCACCUCCAGAUGGAGCACUGGAUGGGCCUUUGGAUGGAAAGACACUGUUAAUGAACCUUCUGUCAUCAAUAGAUGGCCUGCUGUCAAAAGGUCCCCUCAGUGACAAGCAGAUCGGCAUGGUGUUGACUUUAAUUGAGAAAGCACUGAAAGUCCUCGGACCUCUGCUAAACCAAAGUUCAACUACCCCAAAUAACAUGGCCAGGAGAGCUCAGGGUGGAAAGGAGCUGUUACUGAAAUUCCUGUCAAUAAUAGAUGGUCUGUUGUCAAAAGGACCCCUCAGUGACAGCAAGCUAGUCACCAUAUUGUUGUCUUCUGUUGAGAGCGCACUGAAACUAGUUGGACCACUGCUAGAAGACAGACAAACCAAAAUUUCUACCGGAUAUGUUGAGGUGGAACUGCGGGUGGAGAGGGGAGAUGCACCACUCAACGGGCCUGUCCGCUUGUUUUCCGGGAACGCCCAACUGGACACACACUGGGAGAUGGCGGCAGGAGCCAAAUUCCCUGGAUUCACCACUGUUGCCUUGCUGAUCUAUAAGAACCUGGAGAAAUCAUCUAAUGACUCUUUUGCUCUGACUCCUGAUGAAGCAAACCCGAAGUUCCAGAUGAACUCAAAAGUAGUCACAGCAACAGUUAGCAAUUCCAACACAACACAGCUGACGAAGAAUAUCACCCUCUCUUUCCCCCAUCUCAACUCAAAGGAGGAACAGCACAAAUGUGUUUACUGGGACCACGAGCGCGACGCGUGGUCUGACCGCGGGUGUACAGUGGUGAUGACCAACGCGACCGACACAGUGUGCUCCUGCAACCAUCUCAGCAGCUUCGCAGUGCUCAUGGCUCUCUACGAGGUCGAGGACACUUUUGAGCUGCUCCUGAUGACCUGGGUGGGGCUGUCCCUGUCCAUCGUGUGUCUCCUGGCCUGCGUCCUCACCUUCGCCUUCUGCCACUCCAUCCAGUGCACACGCACCACCAUCCACCUGCACCUCAGCCUCAGCCUCUUCAUCGCCAGCCUCAUCUUCCUUGUGGGCAUCUCCCGCACCGAAAACCAGACGGGCUGUGCGGUGGUGGCGGGGCUGCUGCACUUCUUCUACCUGUCUGUCUUCUGCUGGAUGUGCCUGGAGGGCGUGCAGCUGUUCCGCAUGGUGGUGCUGGUCUUCCACACCACACUGCGGACCCGCUACUUGAUGGCGGCCGGCUACGGAGUCCCCGCGGUGAUAGUGGCCAUCUCGGCCGCGGCCUACCCCAAAGGAUACGGCUCCGAGCGCCUGUGCUGGUUUGAUGUGAGAAAAGACAACUUCAUCUGGAGUUUCCUUGGCCCUGUCUGUGUCAUCAUUACUGCCAACGUCUUCUUCUUCCUGUUAACAGUCUACAAGCUGGCUGAGAAGUUCUCCAGUCUCAAUCCUGAUCUUAACAAACUGCGUAAAAUUAAGACAUUUACAAUCACUGCAGUAGCUCAGCUUGCUGUGCUGGGCCUUAUGUGGAUCUUUGGCUGCUUCCAGUUCAACAACUCCACCAUGGCCAUGUCGUACCUCUUCACCUUCCUCAACUGCCUGCAAGGCGUGCUGAUGUUUUGCAUGCACUGUCUGCUCAACAAGCAGGUGAGAGAGGAGUACGGCAGGUUCCUGUCCUGCGUCUGUGCUCCGCACAAGGCCAAGUAUUCAGACUUCAGCUCAAACCAGUCCAAGUCUCAGUUGUCCAAGAGUGCCCAGAACACCGGAGAGUCCCAGAUCUGAGAGCGCUAUGGUCAGCAGUCCACUGGACUUUUUCCACUCAGGCAAAGCAACUGUAUCACAAGUCUGUGCUAAAUGAGAAUGCAUGCCUUUUUAAAUGCACUUUUCUUCUUCUGUGAUGUCAUUCAAUACAAAUGUAUUUUCAUAUUGCUAUUGGUGCCUUGAUGAUCUGCUCAGGGUUAAGUUUUUAGGGGAGGUGGGUAGCCAAAAUGUCUCCUGUCAAGCCAAAGACAAAGCCAUAGAUUUAUCUCAGUCAUUCUGUUUGUAUUUAUAUCUUUUAAGAGCUAUUUAUUGUUUUGCUGUGUGUGAAUUUGUGUGUAUGGGGGGGUAUCUGGUAAUGUCAUGUAAAAAUAAGCUUUACAUUGGAUCUGAAUUGCUGUACAUUUUCUGUUGUUAAAGGAACACGUCAACUUCUUGGGAAAUAGUAUUAUUUGCCGUCUACCCCAAAGUUAGGUUGCAAGCACAGAGAAGAGAAGAAUAGAAUAGAAUAGAAGCUUUAUUUGUCAUUGCAUAAAAUACAGAGUAUCAACACAACGAAAUUCAAGUUGCCACUCUUGGUCAGUGCUUUUUUAAAAGAGCAAUAAAUAAUUCAUAAAUAAAUAGGUAAACAUACAGAAAAAACAUCCCCAAUAUGCCCCGCCCUCUCUCUUACUCUCAUACACACUCUCAUCCACCCAGCCCCAAACGCAGCACAACAUUUACACACAAAAAUACCCUCCAAACCCUCCCAGACAGAACACCCUCCAGCACACAUGAGUAAAAUAGCCGCAGCCUAAUAGCAGGAAAAGUGCCUAGUGCAUAGGUGCACAGAAUGCAAUAUUGUCCAGAGGUGUUUGAGGUUGAUCAUGGCAGGGGAGGGGGAGAUUGGGGGGUGGCCACAGUUGCCAGAGGGUUUUUUGGUUUAGUGAAGGUAUGGCCCAGGGGAAGAAACUGUUGGCUAGUCUGGCGCUGCAUUUAUAGACCUGAAACGCCUGCCGGAGGGAAGCAGGUUGAGCAGGUGGUGGGCAGAGUCCUUGAAAAUGGAUCUGGACCUUUUGAAGCAGCGGGAGUCGGCGACCUCAUCCAGGGAGGGCAGAGGGCAGCCUAUGAUCUUUUGGGCUGUGCCUAUGAUCCUCUGCAGAGCCUUCCUGUCUGCAGCCGAGCAACCCGCAUACCAAGCUGUGAUGCAAAAGGUGAGUAUGCUUUCAAUGAUAGACUGGUAGAAGGACACCAGCAGCUUCUGUUCGAGGUGGUUUUUCCUGAGAAUUCUUAGGAAGUGUAGUCGCUGUUGGGCCUUCUUAGUUAUUGCUUUGGUGUUGAUGGAGCAGGUGAGAUCUUCGGAGAUGUGUACCCCUAGGAAUUUGAAUGAGGACACCCUUUCCACGCAGUCGCCGUUCAGGUGGAGAGGGGCAAGUGCAGUGCGGUUGCAUCUGAAGUCUAUAAUGAUCUCCUUAGUCUUUGAAGUGUUGAGAAGUAGCUUGUUGGCUGAGCACCAAGCUGAGAGUUUCUGGACCUCAGCUCUGUACUCAGACUCAUCGCCGCCUGAAAUGAGACCGACCACAGUGGUGUCGUCGGCAAAUUUUAUGAUGAGCUUGGAGGGGUGGGAAGGAGAGCAGUCCGAUGUGUAAAGUGUAUACAGUAGUGGGCUCAACACACAGCCUUGGGGGGAGCCAGUGCUGAGUGUGAGUGGGGGGGAAGAUGGUGGCCGAGUCUCACUUGUUGUGGUCUGUUGGAGAGGAAGUCUUUAAUCCAAGCGCAGGUAGAGGGAGGGAGGUGUAGGUCAAGAAGUUUUUUAAUCAAAAUGUCCGGGAUUAUUGUGUUAAAGGCUGAGCUGAAUCUAUGAAGAGUAGGAUAUGUGUCCUCCAAUCUAACUUUGUAGACUGCAAACAAACACAUUUCCCAAUGAGUUGGCGUGUUCUUUUAACCAGUGUGUUUGUGUGUACUGAAGACAAUUGAUGUUUUUAUGUCAAGUUGUACGUAUAUUGUAAGAAUUAUCAACUGCUUUCAAGUUUGUAUAAAUGAGAUAUCUAAAUAAACACUUUAAAACAAUA